AUGCUAGGCUCUGAGUCGCCUCAGCUGCUUUCACAGCCACCGCCGCCGGCGCUGCCGGGGGUCUUGGCGGCGGCGUGCACCGACCAUAGCGAGGAAUGCGUUGCUUGGGCAGCACAAGGUGAGUGCGUUGCGAACGAAGGCUACAUGCUCAAGUCUUGCGCACGUGCGUGUGACGUGUGCGGGCUUCCUUCGCACGACGCGAAGGCCUUGUUGGAAGUGCGACAUGCCAGUGAUAUGUGCAUUAACCUCCACGAGAGCUGCGUCUCCUGGGCCGACCGCGGAGAAUGCACCUCCAACAAAGAUUACAUGAUGAAGAAUUGCGCGAGGGCGUGCAGCAUCUGCGGCCUCAAGUUCUACUACACCGGGCCGGAUACGACCCGCGACGACGGCUCCACCCUGCUGCGCGGAGAGCGAGCUUGGGCCGCCGCUGGCGUGUGCGAGGAACGACCGAUCUACAUGAACACCUACUGCGCGCGCACGUGCGACACGUGCGAUGAGAGCAAACUGCUGUUGUACGCUCGUGAAGCCUUCAACGAUCCCGUGCGCUUCUUCCACUUCUUGGUUUGGGCCGCUCGUGAAAACUUGAGCGAUCCCAGCUUUUUGGUUGAGGCCUUCGCGAUGCUGCUACUGGUGGAAAUGGCGAGCAGGAAGGGCCAGAACAAGAAGGCCAAGGCUAGAAGAACCAAAGGCGGCGGGGGUGGCACGGCCGGGCCGCCGCAGGAGUCCGAGGAGCCAGCGGCUGAGGAGGCAAAGGCGCUCGAGGAGAGCGCGAGGCCGGAGGAAGGGGGUCCGGUGGGCGGAGCCGCCACGCCAGGUGGGCCAUCAAUCAUCUCGCUGGCCGACGCCAACAUCAGCACGGGGCGCCCGGCAGUCCCCGAGUCGACCGUCGGAGGUCAGACCACGUGCAUUGUCUGCUUCACCAACCCCAAAUCCCACAUAGCGACGCCGUGCGGCCACGUGUGUGCUUGCGGCCUGUGCUCGGUCAAGAUGGACAAGUGCCCCAUCUGCCGCGCGCCGGUGGAGAGGUGGUUUCUGGUGCAUGUGGCGUGA